UGGUCUCUUACUUUCCUGUACUAGUUGUAGUUGUAGUUGUGGUCUCUCUCUCCUAUUCUCUCUAUAGUUCUGGUGGUCUCUCUCUCUCUCUCUCCCCCCUAUUUCCAUAUUUGAAGUCUACAGAAAGCUUCUUCUUCUUGAGGUUUUUAUUAACAGAACAAAAUGGUGAAGAUCUGUUGCAUUGGAGCCGGCUAUGUUGGGGGGCCAACCAUGGCAGUAAUUGCCCUCAAGUGCCCCGCCAUUGAAGUAGCUGUGGUGGAUAUCUCUGCGCCCCGGAUCGCAGCCUGGAAUAGUGACCAGCUCCCCAUUUAUGAGCCAGGUCUUGAUGAGAUUGUGAAGCAGUGCAGAGGAAAGAACCUCUUCUUCAGCACUGCUGUAGAAAAGCAUGUCUCUGAGGCAGACAUAAUUUUCGUUUCGGUUAACACCCCAACGAAAACUCAGGGUCUUGGAGCUGGCAAAGCUGCAGACUUGACAUAUUGGGAAAGUGCAGCCCGGAUGAUUGCUGAUGUUUCAACGUCCAACAAGAUUGUUGUUGAGAAAUCAACUGUUCCAGUGAAAACUGCUGAGGCAAUUGAAAAGAUUCUCACCCACAAUAGCAAGGGGAUCAAGUAUCAGAUCCUUUCAAACCCAGAGUUUCUUGCUGAGGGUACAGCAAUUGAGGACCUUUUUAGCCCCGACCGCGUUCUCAUUGGAGGAAGAGAAACCCCUGAUGGCCAGAAAGCAACCCAAGCAUUGAAAGAAGUAUAUGCGCAUUGGGUACCAGAAGACAGAAUCAUAACAACCAAUCUUUGGUCAGCAGAACUCUCAAAGCUAGCUGCCAAUGCCUUCCUGGCCCAGAGGAUCUCAUCUGUCAAUGCCAUGUCAGCUCUGUGUGAGGCUACUGGAGCAAAUAUCUCAGAAGUUGCCCAUGCUGUUGGCAAGGACACCAGAAUCGGACCCAAGUUCCUGAAUGCUAGUGUUGGAUUUGGAGGGUCUUGCUUUCAAAAGGACAUACUCAACUUGGUCUAUAUCUGUGAGUGCAAUGGCCUAACUGAAGUUGCAAACUACUGGAAACAAGUCAUUAAGGUGAAUGACUACCAAAAGAACCGAUUUGUGAACAGGGUAGUUUCUUCAAUGUUCAAUACAGUUUCUGGUAAAAAGAUUGCCAUUCUUGGGUUUGCCUUCAAGAAAGAUACCGGCGACACUAGGGAAACUCCUGCCAUUGAUGUUUGCAGGGGGCUGUUGGGGGACAAGGCACAGUUGAGCAUAUAUGAUCUGCAGGUCACAGAGGACCAGAUCAGGAGGGAUCUCUCAAUGAAGAAAUUUGAUUGGGACCAUCCAAUUCAUCUCCAGCCAAUGAGCCUGGCUGCGGUCAAGGAAGUCAGUGUUGUUUGGGAUGCUUAUGAGGCAACCAAGGGUGCUCAUGGGAUCUGCAUUCUUACUGAGUGGGAUGAAUUCAAGACACUUGAUUACAAGAAGAUUUUUGACAAUAUGCAGAAACCUGCAUUUUUAUUUGAUGGAAGGAAUGUUGUUGAUGUUGAGAAGCUGAGAGAGAUUGGAUUCAUUGUUUACUCAAUUGGGAAGCCGUUGGAUGCUUGGCUCAAGGACAUGCCUGCUAUGGCAUAAGAUGGAAUUUUUUUUCUGUGUCACAGCUGCAGAAGUAAUUCUUUGAAAUUUUAAUUUUCACCUCAUGUUUUAACUUUACUUUUCACAUGUAUUACUAGUUGCUGUUAUCUCACAGACACUUCUCAGAGGGAAGUUCUUACUUUUUCUUUAUAUUUUUA